AAUUAAUCUAACUGACAAUUCAAGCCGAAGAAAAAGCCAAACCCGUCCUGCUUGCGACCAUUAUAUACGCUUUGCUGUGAAUUGAUGACAAAAUUUGCGUAAAAAUAGCACAUCGAAGGAAUCGUUCCUCUAUAUUUUUCCAUUUCUGAGACAUAUUCAGAGAAGCCGGCUUUGCAUAUAAUGAAGAUUGUGCCAGUGCCUUGCUUGGAUGACAAUUAUGCAUAUCUGAUAAUUGAUGAAGCAUCAGGAGAGGGUGCAGUAGUUGAUCCUGUUGAACCUCAAAAAUUAGUACAAUUGGCAGAAGAGCAUGGUUGCAACCUAAAAUUAGUUCUUACCACUCAUCACCAUUGGGAUCAUGCUGGUGGAAAUGAAGAAAUCAAGAAAUUAGUGCCAGGUAUCAAAGUAUAUGGUGGAGCAAAAGACCAUGUAAAAGGCUGUACUAUUGCAGUAGAACAUGGGGAUGAAAUAAUUUUAGGUGGGACGGUGACUAUCAAGGCCUUGCACACACCCUGCCAUACAAAAGGUCAUAUCAGUUAUUUCGUCACCAGCACAAGUGGAGAUGAUCCUGCUGUGUUUACAGGCGAUACUUUGUUUAUUGCUGGUUGUGGAAGGUUUUUUGAAGGUUCGGCAGAGCAAAUGUAUGAAUCUUUGUGCAAAACUUUGGCUUCCUUGCCUAAAUUAACUCAGAUUUAUUGUGGGCAUGAGUAUACUGUGAAGAAUCUUCAGUUUGCAUUGACCAUUGAACCAGAAAAUGAGAGGAUCAAGCAGAAACUUUUAUGGGCUGAACAGAAACGGAAGGAGAAUAAAUUCACAGUUCCAUCAACCAUUCAGGAUGAACUGGAUUCUAAUCCCUUCAUGCGUGUGGAUCUUCCAGAACUUAAGGAUCGUAUAGGUCAUAACUCUGCCGUUCAUGUUAUCGGAGAAAUAAGGAAAAUGAAGGACGGUUGGAAAGGUUAAAAUAAGGACUAAUAGAUAUAUUACUUUGACAUUGACAUCAUCUGUUACAUGAGAGAUCAUGAAGUAAUGUUAAAGACUAUCUUAGACAAAAAAGAGCAUAUGAGAAAUCAGUAAGUCAUGUAAAAGAGAGUUAUCGUGUGGUUAUAGAUAACUGAGACUCCAAAAGAGGCUUCCCAGUUCCAAAUUGUUGACUCUACUGCUUGAUAAAUGUAGAUAAACAUGGAGUGCUGUAAGUAUAUUAACUCUGACUGUUCUAUUAACCUGGGUGAUACACUUGGCACAUGCAGAAUAUAUUCUGGUAAAAACUAGACAUGCUCCAGUAAUUCAUAAAUGCACAAACUUUCUCUACAUACUAGAGACAUCGAAUGAUUCUCAAAAACUUUCAUUUUCAAGGGUAAAUAAAAAAAUCAUUAAAUUUUAGUUC